AUGCCCCAACGAAAACAAGGUCAAAACAAGUUUGCGAAAGCAAAUGAAAAGUCGGUACAAAAUGAUGAAGACGAACUGCGACGUCUGCAUGUUGAGGUUUCAACUGAUCAGAUGCUCAAAGCUCAGUGGACAUUCUCUUCAACUGUCCUACCCGCUACUUUGCCGCUAAAAAAGACCGAGGGCGUUCGAAAUAUCCUGAUUUCCUCCGCCUUGCCUUAUGUUAACAAUGUUCCGCAUUUGGGAAAUCUAAUUGGUUCCUUACUGAGCGCAAACAUUUUUGCACUAUACUGUCAGACUGCAGGCUACAAUGUACUCUCCAUUUGCGGUACAGACGAGUAUGGAACCGCCACUGAAGCGAGAGCCCAGGCUGAGGGUCUGACUCCUCAGCAAAUAACCGAUAAGUACCACAAGUUACAUUGCCAAGUUUACGACUGGUUUGACAUCCAUUUUGACUACUUUGGAAGGACUUCGACACCUGUUCAUACUGAAAUUACACAGGAAAUAUUCUGGGACCUCUACAAUAAUGGCUUCGUCACUGAAGCCUCUGUGGAGCAGCUGUUUUGUGAGAAGUGUGAAAAAUUUCUAGCUGACAGAUUUGUGGAGGGUGUGUGUCCCUUCUGCAAGGCAGAAGAUGCGAGGGGUGACCAGUGCGACACUUGCGGCAAACUUAUAAAUGCUGUCGAGUUAAUCAAACCGCAAUGCAUUACUUGCCGCAGUUACCCCACGGUUCGCUCCUCCAACCACCUCUUCCUCGAUCUUCCUAAGCUGGAGGAGAAAGUUGAUGUCUUCUUCACUGAGAGCGUGGAGGAUCCUAACUGCAAAUGGACCCAAGUAGCGCAGUCUAUCGCUCGCACCUGGCUUCGCGAUGGCUUCAAGAAGCGCUGCAUCACCCGUGAUCUCAAGUGGGGCGUACCAGUGCCUCUGCUCAAUUUCAAAAACAAAGUUUUCUACGUGUGGUUUGACGCCCCCAUCGGGUACAUCUCGAUCACGGCAAACUACACGAGGGACUGGCGUCAGUGGUGGCUGCCGUCGGAGGAUGUGGCGCCGGUGGAGUAUUUCCAAUUCAUGGCAAAGGACAACGUUCUUUUCCACUCCGCCAUCUUUCCUGCCUGCCUUCUGGGUAGUGGCAAGAAGUUCACUUUAGUGAAACACAUCAUUGCCACAGAAUACCUUAACUAUGAAGGAAAGAAGUUUUCUAAGAGUCGAGGAGUCGGUGUGUUCGGAAAUAACGCAGAAGACAGCGGUAUUGAGUCCAACAUUUGGCGUUUCUACUUAGCCUACAUUCGUCCCGAAACCCAGGACAGCACCUUUUCUUGGGAGGACUUUGCUCUCAAAAACAACAGCGAAUUGCUAAACAACCUCGGCAACUUUAUCAAUAGACCUCUGAUGUUCGUGAUGAAGUUCUUUAACUCUACCGUACCGAGCAUGAAGAGCCUUCAACCGGACGACGUGACCUUCCUGGCUCGGGUGAACAGUAUUCUGCACGAGUAUAUCAGCCACAUGGAAAAUUGUCGUUUGCGUGAGGGCAUUCGCUCGGUCCUCGGUAUCUCUCGGCUCGGCAACGGCUACCUACAGGUUCAGAGGCCCUGGGUCCUCUAUAAGUCCUCCGACACCAUCCAGCGAGCCGGCGUGGUGACUGGAAUAAGCAGUAACAUCGCCGCGCUAUUAGGCAUCCUCCUACGUCCUUUCAUGCCCACCAUUGGAGAAGAGAUUUUCGCACAGUGCAAACUACCCUCCGAGCGCCGCAGUCUCGCACCCAUGGUCACCAACGGUGGUCACAUCAUCUGCCUUCUGCCUGAGGGACAUGUAAUUGGCGAGCUCUUCGUCGAAUGCAGGAGGCUUCAAAAGCGCACCAAUCUGCUGGCUGAGGUGGAAACACCUCAAACCGAGUUGCUACCGCUGCAGGUACAGGCUCUGCGACGCUCAAUUGGGAUCCUCAAGCGCCGUUUGAGUAGUCUCUGCCACACUUGUGGCUGCAUUAAGCCGAUUAGGACAAAACACUGCAGCCUCUGCAACCGUUGUGUGAAAGUGAUGGAUCACCACUGUCCUGUGACUGACAACUGUGUGGGACAGGACAAUCGAGUAUGGUUCCUUCUGACUAGUAUUAUGGUCACGAUCGUGAGUAGCUGGAUUGGAUGGCUGGCAGUAAGGUACUGGCAAAAGGCUGAUUCAACUAGUCUUUAUGAGAUAAUGACGCUGGUGCUCCUCUCCAUUGGCUGGAUGUUCGGUCUUAAUGCGUGCUUCAUGACGAUAAGCAGUGCUAUUUUCAACAUGACGACAAAUGAGCUGACAAACUGGCGAAGAUAUGAGCACUUUGGGACCGCAAAAACGGGAUUUAGAAAUCCCUUUAAUCAGGGUUAUUGGAGCAACGUAGUGGAGUUUUUUCGUCCCCGUCACUACGAGACGGAGCGUGAGCUCUACAAACACAGUGCAACGGAUGGAGGGAGGUAUCCGUUUGUUGUUUGA